AUGGUCGCAAUCGAAGUUUUGCAUUUUAUGAAAACCAAGACGCGAGGCGAAGACAGGUAUGUUGCUCUGAAACUUGACAUUAGCAAAGCCUAUGAUCGUAUGGAUUGGGACUAUUUGAGGGCUGUUAUGAAUAAAAUGGGAUUUAAUAAUCGUUGGAUUCAUUGGAUGAGUAUGUGUGUCGAGUCUGUCGAUUAUUCUGUGCUUGUUAACGGUGAACAGGUGAACGUUAUGAAAAAUAUUCUUUCUACUUAUGAGUUAGCGUCAGGUCAAGCUAUUAGCCUUCCAAAAUAUGAGAUUUAUUGUAGUCGUAAUGUGUCUGACACUCUCAAACAUACUAUUACUACUACUCUUGGAGUUCAGGUUGUUUUGGGCACAAGUAAAUAUCCGGGUUUACCUUCUAUGAUAAGUCGAGAUCGUAAUGCAACGUUUGCUUAUAUAAAGGAUCGCGUGUGGCAGAAAAUUAAUUAUUGGAGUGGUAAGUGUCUCUCUAAAGCAGGUCAUGAGGUUAUGAUAAAAUCUGUUUUGCAGGCUAUCCCAUCAUAUGUGAUGAGCAUUUUUCAGUUACCAACCACCUUAAUCGACUCAAUUGAGAAGAUGAUGAACUCAUUUUGGUGGGGUCAUGGUAGAACAACACAACGCGGUAUUCGCUGGAUGAAUUGGGAGAAAUUAUCUGCCCAAAAAAUUCAUGGAGGUAUGGGUUUUAAAGAUUUAUCUGCUUUUAAUUUAGCUAUGCUAGGAAAACAGGGUUGGAAGUUUAUUACAGAACCAAAUUCUUUGGUUUCUCGGAUUUUCAAAGCUCGAUAUUUCCCUUCUGGCUCCUACCUCACGGCUGUAAUAGGGCAUAACCCUAGCUAUGUCUGGCGCAGCAUUAUGCGUGCUAGAUUCCUUGUGCGUGGUGGUGCUCGGUGGAGUAUAGGUUCAGGUGCAUCUAUUUCUAUCCUAAACGAACCUUGGUUACCCAAUGGGGAGUUUAUUAGUAGUGAGGAUCCAGGUGCUCCUUUUGUUCAAAAUUUUACUAUUAAUAGCUUGAUGAAUUUGUAUGACAAAAGCUGGAAUGAACAGGUGUGGAACAGAACCGGCUUGUGGGGAUCUGUACAACAUGCUCUUUCUUCUACUGUUUCGGUUACAAAUGUUAUUUUCUCCCUGCUAGAGCAACUGUAUGUGGAAUUAGCUCAGCGUCUGGCAACAGUGUUUUGGAGCAUUUGGAAACACCGGAACCUCAGAGUUUGGGAUAAUGUCACAGAAACCAGUGCAACGGUAGUGGAGCGUGCUAGAAAUAUGGUCGUUGACUGGCAGUUGGCUAAUACUCCUGCGGUUCUUGCAUCAACAGCGCAACAUCAGCCUUCACCGACCCUUGCGUUGGGGGCUUGCACUUCUGCACAACCUACCACUCACACGUGGCAGCAUCCUACCCCGGGGAGAUACAAAUGCAACAUUGACGCGGCUUUUUCCUCUCAAUUCAAUCGCACAGGUAUUGGAAUUUGUGUUCGUGACUCAAAUGGUACUUUUGUGUUGGCCAAGACAGACACAUAUCCUUGUAUGGUUUCGGUUGAUGUGGGUGAAGCUUUAGGUUUGCACUCGGCUCUACAAUGGCUAAGUGAUAUGCAGAUGGAUGGCGUGGAUUUUGAAACAGAUUCGAAGCUGACAUCAGACGCUUUUCUGUCUACUAGGAACGACACAUCCGAAUUUGGCUCUAUUAUUUCAUCUUGUCGUUUGCUUUUUAGUUCUUUCUUUUCUAACUCUAGGGUGGAGUUUGUUAGGCGACAAGUCAACGCGGUUGCUCAUGCACUUGCAAGAGAAGCCACGUUCUUAGCUAAUCCCACUAUUUAUUAUGAUAUACCCGAAUGUAUUGAAUCCUUAAUUAUCAAUGAAAUGCUAUAA